UGGAUUGCAGCAGAGAACACACGCACUGCGGGCGACACCAUACAGCAGACAACACACGCACAGCAGGCGACAGCAUCUAGGCCCGAUGGCGCUGGACUCUCUGUGGUGUGAUGCAUCAUGGCUCCGUGGCGCUGGACUCUCUGUGAAGGUUCGAGGGUGGGUGGCGCGCCUUCUUCUCUCUCGCGCCACAACCGAGCUCGUGCUGGUGUUGAUCUUUCUGACGGUGGCUAGCCCGACGGGCUGGGGGUGGAACGAGUGCUCCAUCUCGCCGCAGGACGAGUGGAAGGAAGCGACGGAAGACACUCUGGCCAUGAGGAUGCGCGCCGAAUACGAACGGAUGUACACGUGCACCACCCGUGAAGAUGCCUCUUUCAUGGCGGCUAACUACUACUUCGACUCUCCCUGCUUGGCCAAGAGGUUUUUCUACCCCACUGACGUUCGAGAGUGCUUACGAGGGCGACGAGUCAUCUUUCUGGGGGACUCUUUAUCCAACCAGCAGGGGGACUCUCUGGUUGGUAUGUUGGGCUGGCACCCUGAAUGGAUGCCGCGCGGGGGGCCCAGAAACCGCAAGCGGGCUGUAAGAAAGGACGGAACGCGCUACUUUACCCUGGUGGACUGCUGGCACCCGCCGGGGGGCUCAAUUCCGGGCAUCGAGAGGUGCUACGACGUCUACGACACCGACUUCCCCUUCGAGGGAAAUCACCGCAGCCCUGGAAAACCUUCCCUCGAGAUCCACGGGUCUACUACUGACGACGGGGCGUUUGCAUCGACCGAAGGUAAACACGACAGGAGAACCAGAAGGCGCUCCUUGGAAGGGGACGAGGGGGGGGUAGAGGAGGGAGGGGUGGAAGAGGGUAAGGAGGAAGGGGGGAAGGGGGAAAUGACCAAGGCUAAUCAAACAACGUCGGUGCACGUGCGCAUGACCUCUACCGCGGACGACCGACACUGGCUGAGGAGAGCUUUGAGGGAUUACAACGAGACGAGGGCGUCCGACGUCGUCGUGGUCAACUUCGGCCCCCACUACCGCAGCACCCCGGAGGGCGAGGAGAGCUUCAAGCGAGACGUGUCCUCUAUCCUAGAUGAUAUGGCCGAGAUCGGUGAAACCGCCACCGUCGUUUGGAGGGAGAUAGCACCGACUCACUUCCCCGGCGAAAAUGGCACGUACGAGUCUUUCGUCGAGUUAGACCUUGGUAACAACGCCUGCUGCACUGGAACGCCGGUGAAGGUUUUGGACCGAAACGCGUGGGUUGAGGACUACGUGCGAGACAACGGGCUUUCGGACAGGGUAAAAUUGCUGCGCAUUUACGACAUGUCCGUCCCGCGGGGUGCAGCCCACCACACCUGCCACCUCGCCCCGCCGUCUACCAUGGACCAGGCAGGAGCCGAAAGCGACUACUGCCACUCCGUCUACGCUACCGACUGCAGGCAUUGGUCGGAAACUGGCGUUGUAGAAGAGUGGAACGCGCUACUGCUCAACCAUUUAUGCCCGAUGGCAUAGCGAGGUUGCAUUUGUCAGAGUUUUGCUUGUUCUUGCCGUGAGGAGUUCAGGGAAAGGUUUUGCCGGUUCUCUGCUUGUAAGCUUUCGCGCAGGGUUGACAAGAACAUUUUGUAUCCUUCAGUUUCUGUGUGUUUUUGCCGAAUGCGAUAGGAACCCACCGCCGUCCUCUUCCGGGUUGACGGGCAACAGUAUGCACUCCUUCGUCGGCCGUGUUUUUGGCGAACGUCUUGACGAACACAUGUCUGUGAAUGGUGAAAAUGUUUUUCAGUUGUGAUGCGCGACCAACGACCUCGUCGUAUAUACCGAGAUGUGCCUACAUCGUUACAGUACACUUUGAUACUUGAAUAGAUGGCGACCCCUGUAGCAAAUUCCAACAACGACGUAAAUAACGUACUCCGAGUAACUUAAGUGAACGUUUAUUUUUUGACGUUAUUAAUCAUCCCUUAAAAAGUUGGACUCAUCAGCCGGGGUCACACAAGAGUAAGGCC